AUGCGGAGAAAUGGUAACCCGAUUCAAAAGCAGCAUCAGCAGCAGUGGAUAAUUAGGCCGGAGAACCCGUGGAUUGUGGGGGUGGCCGUGGUGGGCCUGAUGGGCGGCGUGUUGCUCCUCAGCUCCCUGGCCCUAACCUCAUCCGGGCAUCUCUGCACACGUGCCGGCCCAAACGAGACGCCCCUUCAGCUUCGAGCCGUCCUCCACUAUGCCACCUCACGGGUUGUGCCCCAGCAGUCCCUAGGCGAGAUCAGUGUUUCGUUCGAGGUUCUCCGGGAGCUCGGGCCGAGCAACUUCCUGGUGUUCGGGCUUGGCCAUGACUCCCUCAUGUGGGCCGCGCUCAACCCACGUGGCAGGACGGUGUUCUUGGAAGAGGACCCCAAGUGGGUCCAGACGGUGUUGAAAGACGCCCCCGACCUCCGCGCCCACACCGUGCGCUAUCGAAAUCAGCUCUCCCAGGCGGAUGAGCUGCUGCGUCAUUCCCGGAUUGAGCCUCUUUGUGCGCCUAACACCACUUUCCUACGUGCCAAUCACAAAUGCAGGUUAGCCUUGGACACGUUACCAAAUGAGGUGUACGACACAGAGUGGGAUUUGAUAAUGAUAGACGCGCCUCGCGGAUAUUUCCCGGAGGCGCCUGGGAGGAUGGCUGCCAUAUACUCGGCAGCCGUGAUGGCCAGGAACAACAGGAAGAAUAAAUCCGGUGUAACGCACGUAUUUUUGCACGACGUGGACCGAAAGGUGGAGAAGAUGUAUGCUGAGGCCUUCUUGUGCAAAAAGCAUUUGGUGAAGGCUGUUGGGAGGCUGUGGCACUUCCGGAUACCGCCUACCCUUCACGUCAACGAUCAAUUUUGCUAG